UCACUUCAUUCUACAUGGUUGGUGAAUCAGUCAACAUUAUUUGGUUUUCUAAAUUUUGUACAAAGUAGAAGUAAAAUAGAGUUCUGUGCAAGGUUCGGCAGUUCAAAAUUCAUUGAUCAUGGAUCUUUCCAAGGCCGAGAGCCAGACGCCCGCCAAGGAGAGUCGAUCGGGUGGCUCCGGCAAUCUGAAGACCCUGCUGCAGGACCUCCUCUGCUUCUUCGUUCUGCUCUCGGUGGCCCUGCUCAUUGUGGCAGGUAUCCUGUUCGUGGUGGAGGACGUCAGCCGCCUGCAGCAGCAGCACCUCCUAAGCCACCACAAGCACAACCACCAGCACCACCGUCUCCACCACCAUCGGGAUCAAAUAGUCAUCGAUUCGCAGGCAUCGCCGGCCGAGGAGCCACCCAAACAGGAGCGGCAAUACUUCCGUCCGUACACGUGGAUUCGAUUAUUCAGCUGCCAGAAGAAGUUGCAACACCAGCAGCUGGGAGACGCCGAGAAGGAGGCAGUAGUGGUUGGGCCCCAAAACCAGGACGACCAGGAGCAGCAGCCCUUGGAUCUCGUUCCCACCUAUCAGCCAUUCGAGCCACUCCCAUUCCAGGAGGGUGGUGAUCAAAUCGAAAAGGAAUCUGCCAGCAAACAUAUAAUCUCGGAUCCCCAUCAACAUCUGGCAGAUAAUUUAUACAGAACCCCUUGAAAACUGGACACAAGUAUUGCAGCUCCACAACAUCACGUGUUUCCCGAUUUUUCAAUUGAUGUGCAUAAGCCAUAUGUCGAUUUAAAGAAAGUUCUGGAAUUACAAAAAUUAAUUCUUACCUCGUA